AUGCCCUGGUCGCCCCGCGCAACCCUCCUUCGGGACCUGGUCCUCGGCGUGCUGGGCACCGCUGCCUUCUUGCUGGACCUGGGCGCAGACCUGUGGGCUGCCUGCCAGUACGCGCUCAGCGGCAGCUACCUGUGGGCGGCGCUGGUGCUGGCGCUGCUGGGCCUCGCUUCGGUCGCGCUGCAGCUCUUCAGCUGGAUUUGGCUGCGCGCCGACCCCGUCGGUUUGCACCGGCCACGGCCCUCAGGUCGCUGCCUGGCCUUGCUGCAUCUCCUGCAGCUGGGCUACCUCUACAGGUGCAUGCAGGGGCUACAGCAGGGGCUGCUUGUGUGGCGGCAGGAAGCACCCUCUGAGUUUGACUUGGCCUACGCCGACUUCCUCUCCCUGGACAUCAGCAUGUUGCGGCUCUUUGAGACCUUCUUGGAGACGACGCCACAGCUCACCCUGGUGCUGGCCAUCGUGCUGCAGAGUGGCCGGGCCGAGUACUACCAGUGGGUUGGCAUCUGCACGUCCUUUGCCGGCAUCUCAUGGGCACUGCUGGACUACCACCGGGCUUUGCGCACCUGCCUCCCAUCCAAGCCCCGCCUGGGCCUGGGCUCCUCUGUGAUCUUCUUCCUUUGGAACCUGUUGCUGCUGUGGCCCCGAGUCCUGGCUGUGGCCCUGUUCUCAGCCCUCUUCCCCCACUACGUGGCUCUGCACUUCCUGGGCCUGUGGCUGGUGCUGCUGCUCUGGGUCUGGCUUCAGGGCACAGACUUCAUGCCAGACCCUGUCUCCGAAUGGCUGUAUCGGGCGACAGUGGCCACAAUCCUCUAUUUCUCCUGGUUCAACGUAGCUGAGGGCCGCACUCGAGGCCGGGCCACCAUCCACCUGGCAUUCCUCUUGAGUGACAGCAUUCUCCUGGUGGCCACUGGGAUGACUCAUAGCACCUGGCUACCCAGGAGGGCUGCCCUGAAGAUAUGGCUGCCUGUGGGGGGCAUCUGCUUCCUUUUGGGUCUGGCUUUGCGUCUUAUCUACUACGGCUGGCUGCACCCUAGCUGUCGCUGGGAGCCUGACCGGGUAGAUGGGACCCGGACUCUUCUUUCCCCGGAGGAAUGUCAGCUGCCUCAGAACAAGCGCGUGGCUGGGUUGGCUCACACCUUCUUUCCCAAGGCUAAGGAUGCAGCUGAUUUGCCAGUGAAGGGAGAAGUGAACGGGGUUCUUUGAGACAGGGUAUGACCCUGCUAGGGGACACGGACAGUAACUCAACCAGUAGAAGGCAGAAAAGAUAAGCUAAUUAUGCUGCUCUGGGCCUUGACCUGCUCAACAAAGUGGGAUGCCCACUCUGUGCCAGGGACUGGAGACAGGAUUUAGUAAGGCAGAGGUCUCUUUCAAGGCGUGCACAGUGUGACCAAGAUGAGCAGGCUAGGUCCUGGAGGGUCAAGGGCCCCAGUUAUGUAAUGUUUAGGACACUUGAAGAGGAAAGAAGAGACAACCCUCUUCUCUUCACCCCCUGUCAGUAUAGCUGGUGACCCAGACCCUUUCUGGGAUUGGCACCUCCCUGGUUACCUCUAAAAUAACUGGUAGAGGUGCUGUGCCACCCCUGAGGGACCCAGGAGCCUCCAGAGGGCUAUUCUCUAGAAUUCUUCCUCCCCAGCCUACCCCAUUCAUUCAAAUAAAUAUUUACUUAGCAUUUUAUGUGCCAGGAACAGCAUUCUAUCCCUGGAACCUGGAACAAGAUCAGCUGCCAUCCCUAGCUUUAUCCUCUUUGUGCUCCAUUCAGUCCUGGGUUGGAUCUCAAAGGCUGGAAGCCAGGGAGGUGUACCUUUGGUGGCCUUGGUCUGCCCCUCCCGGGUCUCAGUGCAGUUGGUCUAGCUUCCACUCCUGUUCUCAAGGGGCCGUCUUCCAACCAAAUGCCUUGUGACUCUGUGGACUGGGCCUUGCCCAGCCUAUUGAGUAUAUUUUUUUUUAUUCUUUAGCCAGUGUACCUCCUACCUCAGUGUGUGAGAGGAAGAAAGAGUGUGUGCAUAUAUGUCUCUGUGAGGAGAGAGACAUGUUGCUUUUGUU